GUGACGAUAUUGCAAUGGCUGCAAGUUGCAUCGCAUUUGUUUUGCUCAUCUUUUACCUUUCUCUCUCGCAAGCAGCCGAAUGUCAUGGAAAGCCUUCACCAACAGCCAAACCGAACAACAACGCUAUUUACGUCGGCCCGCCGAUUUCCGUGAAAAACGUUUCGUAUGGAGAGCUGUACACUGUCGGUUCUGGGGAUGACAGAAUCAACAUCGUUCAUGUGUGGGGAUGGCCUUAUCAGAUGGGAUAUGCACACGGACAACUGGUGAAAGAUGUUGUUAAAAGUUUUAUUGAUGAAGUGUGGGAGUAUCUGGAAGAUAAAAUUGAAGAAGCAAUCAACUCAACUGCGCCUAUAUUCCAACCAUGGUUCUUAAAGGACGUUGCUGACUUGGGUCUUGAAUUAGCUUUGGAUUUGGAGAUCGCUAUCACUCGACCAUUUACUAGCAAGGACUUCCUUGAUGAGAUCAGGGGCCUUGCUGAUGCAACUGGAGUUGAUGCAAAGAAAUUGGAACGAGUUCAGUUGAUUGGAGAGCUAACGAAAGGGCAGUGUUCGAUGUUUGGAGCUUGGGGUGAGGCUGUUGCCAAUACAUCUAGUAGACUUCUGCAACUGAGAGCUCUGGAUUGGAAUAUGGAUGGCCCGUUUAAGAACUAUCCUCAAGUCACCGUGUUCCACCCUAACGUUGGAUACGGUCACACAUUUGCUACCGUUGGGUUUCCUGGGUUCCUUGGGGCUAUCACAGGGAUGUCUAUCAGAGGGAUGUCUAUAUCAGAAAUUGGAGUGUCUUUCCCUGACAGCUCAUUUGGGUCCGACUCAAGAUUUGGCAUUCCAUUUACAUAUUUCUUGAGAGACAUUUUGCAAUACAGUGUCAGUAUUGAUGAUGCUAUGAAGAGAACUACGGCAGCACAUCGAACGUGCUCUCUGCUCUUUGGAUAUGGAGAUGGAGAUAACGCUGCAUUUCGAGGUGUUCAGUACUCUUACUCGGUUGCCAACUUCUUUACCGACGACAAUUUGCAGCCGACCGCCGACUGGCAUCCGCACAUCAAGGACACUGUCUAUUGGGGAAUGGACUGGCUAUGUCCCAGUUACAACUCGGUGUUGGCUCGACAGCUUCGACGUUUCCAUGGCAACCUGACUCCUGACGUCACAAUUCAUAAUAUUUUGCCUGUUGUGCAGACCGGCGAUCUACACGUUGCUGUGUACGAUCUCACCAAUAAUUUCAUGUUUGUGUCGACGGCUCGUGGAGACGGAGAGACGGGACCACAGUUUGCUUACGACAGGACAUUUAUUCGAUUGAACAUGACGCGGUUAUUUGUGUAGCCGGCGACUUGGUAACACGCCAUUACGGUUUGCAGUGUUGACAUUUGUAUUAGUCGUUGAUGGUUUUCAUUGCAUUUAGAUUUGUCUAAAUAUCUCGAAUACCGGUUUUGGCUCAUAUUUAG